GCCGUAGGUGGGGUCUGAGAAGGUGAGCUGACCCUUCUGGUAGGUGGGAGCGUCCGCGACGAGGAGAUCCGGGAGAGUCCUGGCGGGUGAGGGUCGAGGGGCUGCCACUCCUCGGGAGCGUCUAGCUUUCGGAGGCUGGGACGUGAUCAACCCCGCGCCUGCCUUGAGGUGAGCGCCUGCCUGGUCUUCAGAGUGAGUUUUGUCUCUGGUGGAAUUGGGCUUAUAGUUGAAGCUUGUUUUCUCAGCCCGGGCAAAUUUUUACAUUUUAACAUUUUUUUCUUACAAUGGCAAUGACUUCCAUUUACAAAUUACUGACUGGCACUUACGUUCAUAGAAAUUUCCUGAGGCCAAGGGCUGCAUUACCUCCAUUUGUGGGCAAUCACUUUGUAGACUAUUCUUCCAAUAGUCUUCAGAAAAAAGUGACUUCUGCGGACAGAGUCUCCCAGCAGGGAAAGACUGAAGAAGGCUUACAAGCACAUGACCACAAAGAAGUUGCUUUAGAUGCGCCUUCUCCUGACAGGACACCUGAAGUUAGUUUUGAUAAAGCAAUUAGAGAUGAAGCAAUAGAACAUUUUAGACGUUUUAAGGAUGAAAUUGUGGCUCAUUUGAGAGGCCCAGACGGCCGCCCACUACAAGAGGUCAUAGUGGAACAAGCCAGGGUUGUCUGGCAGUUUCGUGAAAAAGAAGAUUUGGAUAAGUGGACGGUGACUUCUGAUAAGACGAUUGGAGGUAGAAGUGAAGUAUUCUUGAAAAUGAGCAAGAACAACCGAAGUGCCCUGCUUUAUGGAACUCUGAGCUCUGAGGCUCCUCAGGAUGGGGACAGUAGACAAAGUGGAUACUGUGCAAUGAUCUCCCGGAUUCCAAGGGGUGCUUUUGAGAGGAAGCUGUCUUAUGAUUGGUCCCAGUUUAAUACUCUGUAUCUCCGAGUUCGUGGGGACGGACGGCCUUGGAUGGUGAAUAUCAAGCAAGACACAGAGUUUAUCCAGAGAAAAAAUCAGAUGUACAGUUACUUCAUGUUCACCCGUGGGGGACCCUACUGGCAGGAAGUCAAGAUUCCUUUCUCCAAAUUUUUCUUUUCAAAUCAAGGAAGGGUACGAGAUGUCCAGGGCCCACUCGUAUUGGACAAGAUAUCUUCUAUAGGAUUCACUCUGUCUGAUAAGGUGGAUGGACCAUUCUUCCUGGAAAUAGAUUUCAUUGGUGUGUUUACUGAUCCAGCCCAUACAGAAGAAUUUGCUUAUGAGAAUUCUCCCGCUCUUAACCCAAGACUUUUCAGAUAGAGAACUGGGGAUGUCAGUAGCGUGUGGUCACAAAGCAGACAGAGCCUUUCUGUCUACCCGGCCCCUCUCGUAGUACUUAAGACUGUAAGUACAGCAUGGCCCCUCAGCGGCAUCUCCUGGAAGUUCUUCUGAGUACUUAUGUGAAGAUAAAAUAAAAGGACGUGUACUGAAAACAAAAAUAAAGCCUUUCUGCCUACCACCU